AUGGCGGGAACUCUUCCUCCAGCGACCUACUCCACGGAUCCCACGCUUUACCUGUAUACCUCUCUGACAGCUGGCUCUUCACAUAUCAUCACCGCAACGUCUAGACUGGAAACGAUUCUAAAGGCGAACAAGAUCCCAUUCAGAGCGAUUGAUGUUGCUACAGAUGAUAAAGCUCGCAUGACAUGGGGCAUGAGAUCGAAGGGCCGGAAGCUACCUGGCCUAGUUAGAUACGGUGCCAUAGUCGGAGUUAGUACAGCCUUCACACACACACACACACUCUCUCUCUCUCUCUUCCCUUCCCUCUCUACCUUUACUUUCUCUACACCUCCUGAUUUAGAACAAAUCGAAGAGUGGAAUGAAUACGGCGAAUUGAAAGCACAGAUAGCUGCAACCCUGUCAGAGUCGGAUGCUUCAAAAUCAGAACCGCAGCCGGUGGCUGUAUCGCCCGUGGCGGCAUUGCCCAAAACCACAUCCUCAGCGCCCCAUAUAAGAAUAGGAGAUACCCCUUCAAGAACUCCGUCUGGUGAACUGCAGGGCGAAAAUAUGACGUCUGCACUUCGACAGGCGAGCGAGGAGGCUGCGGCGAAGGCCAAGGAUAAUAUGCGGGCGCGACUGGGAUUAAAGCCACAAUCACCUUUACAAAAAUCGGACGAGCAGAAACCCGAGGGCCAGAAAUCGGAAAAGGGGAAACUAGAAGAGAAGAAGUCAGAGGCGAAGAAACCAGAGGAGACGAAACUGGAAGCCAAGGUAUCAGAGGAGAAAAAGGCAGAAAAUAAGGAAGUAGGGGAGCAGAAGGCAGAAAAAGAGAAACCAGAUGAGCUAAAGACAGAGAGGCAGCAAGCCAAGGGAGACAACGAAGAGAAACCUCAAGAAGGCGACGAGGAGGUUGUGAAGCAGGCUGUAGGAUCUGGGGCGACACAGCAGCCAACGAAGACAGAAGAGCAGCCGCUGACCAAAACGCUGCCGGUCAGGGGUGCGGGAGGAACGGAUGAAGCCGAAGUGAAAUCGACUGGCGACUCGAAACCGGAGAAGCCAAAGGACGAGGGAGAGGCAAAGGCGGCCAGCUCGACUGAAACCAAGGAAGCAAAGGAUGCAUCGGGCCUGGAGAAAGAGGCGGCAUGA